AUGUUGCGUUUACUUUUCUGUCUAUUAUUAUUCUUACUUGAAUUUGAAUUAUCCAGAUCAAGUUCAUCAAGCACGACCUAUCCAUGGAUAAAAAAAGUUCAUGUUGUUUCCAUGACACAUUUAGAUGUUGGUUUUACGAAUUUUGCAGCAAAUGUUUGUUCUCUUUAUUUCAAUAACCAUUUACCUAAUGCUGCACGUCUCGCACAAGAGCUUCGUGAUCGUGGUGGUGAAGAACGCUUUAUUUUUACUACACAUCCAUGGAUACUUUUAGAAUUUUUCGAUAAUAUUGCACAAUGUACGAAUGAACGACCAAAUCGUACUACAACUAAAUUAGUUGCAAAUGCUAUAAAACAAGGUGAUAUAACAUGGCAUGCACAUGCAUUUUCAAUGUUUAUUCCAAUGAUGGAUAAAAAUUUAUUUAAUAUAUCAUUAAGUAUAUCAUCAAUAUUAGAUGAUCGUUUUUAUCAAGACAGCAAAACAAGUGCAUCACAUAAAGAUGAUAUGGGUCAUCCAAUAAGUAGUAUACCUAUAUUUGCUGAAAAUGGUAUUAAAUCAAUUCAUAUUGGUGCUAAUCUUGAUUGUCGUGGAGCUGAUUUACCGCCUGCAUUUGUAUGGAGACAUGAAGAAACUGAAACCGAACUUUUAGUUAUGAUGUAUAAUAAACCUUCAGCUGUAACCCCUUGUUCAGCUGAAUCUUGUUUCUAUGGUGGUGAUGUUGUUUUACCAGGAUUUGAUCAAGCUAUGAUCUACGAUUUUACAUUAGAUAAUACCGGACCACCUCAUGAUAUCACGGAUGUCAUUCAAGUAUGGUCUAAUAUUAGGAAUCAUUAUCCAAAUGCUGAAAUAAUAGCAAGUAGUUUAGAAACAUUUAGUAAAUCUUUAUUAAAUUUAUAUAAAGAUGAAUUACCAGUGAUAACAGAUGAAUGGGGAACAACAUGGUUAUAUGGUGUAGCAGCUGAUCCAUAUAAACAAGCAGCAUAUAGACAAAUAUCAAGAUUAUUAAGUAAUCAAGAAUAUUCAUCUUCACUAUUUAAUUAUUCAUUUCGUUUAUUAAAAAAUCCUGAACAUAAUUGGGGUUUAUGUACUGAAUGUUAUUUAAAAGAAGAACAUUAUUCAUCUAAUUAUCAUAAUAAAGAGUUUUCUAGUGUUAGAAAUGGAACGACAAUAGAAACAACAACUGUUACGUUAUCAACAUCCAACUGCAAAGACCUUGAAGCUGAACUAACACGAGUAAAAGUAGGCUUAGGUGUGGGUUUAGGUAGUGGCAUGGCGGCAACCACUGGAUUGGCAGUUGGUACUUAUAUUUAUUUUUCCAGACAGCUGGCACAGUUUACAUUGCCACCAUCACUAGGACCGGAACAUUUUACUCGAUUUUAA